AUGGAACAGCUUUUGAAUCUUUUUAGAGAUGGCUGUGGAACGACAAAGGCGUGUCUAUUCAAGCCUUCAGGAUGUGACCCUAAUCUCGAUUGUACCAUUGGCCUUAUCUUUUUCGUAGUGGGACCAAAUCAACUACGAAUGGAGAUGGUGGCCACAUCGCUCAUACCGGCCGUACAACAACAGUAUAUCGCUAUCGCUUUUUCAAACGAUGCAAUCAUGCAGCUAACAAAAGCAGAACAAACACGACCAUUACUUUUUAUAGUUAAUGAGUGGGCCUUCCUUCUCAUAACUUUACCUUUGAAUCUUUUCAGGGAUGGCUGUGGAACGACAAAGGCGUGUCUAUUCAAGCCCUCUGGGUGUGAUCCAAAUCUCGAUUGUACCAUUGGCCUUAUCUUUUUCGUAGUGGGACCAAACCAACUGCGAAUGGAGAUGGUGGCCACGUCUCUCAUACCGGCCGUUCAACAGCAGUAUAUCGCUAUCGCUUUUUCAAACGAUGCAAUCAUGGGUGAUGACUUCGUUACCGAAUGUGUAUUGAGCGAUAUGGGACAGUUUGCUGGUUGGGAACCUGAGAUAUUCGUCUCGUUCAAUCACGGGAAAGCCAACGAUCGUAUCUAUCUUAAUGACGAUGAGCAUAACCAGUUGAUAACGAAUGUCUCUUCUCAAGUCGUCGAUGGACGGCUUGUCUGCCAGUUUACGCAACAAAUUGUACCUCAAAUCGAUCGACGUAAUGGACUUAUUUGGAGCCUCGAUAAACCGUUUUAUAUCAUGGGAGCUACUGGUUCGGCACAGCCCGAUGGUAAGUUUAAUGGAAGGGAACUUCAAUAA